UUUGACCUGCGAAACCCCAUACAGAUUCAAUGAAAUCGGGCCAUUCCGAAACCGGCUGAUCAUAGGCCGCAAAUAACGAAUCAUAUAUAGGUAUAAUAUGCGACCACCAAAAAAAAAGGUCAAUAAUCUCUGGUAAAAUCGAAACGGACAGCGAAGAUAAUGACGCCGUGUGUUUGGAGCGAAAAAAAAAAAGGGUUGUGUUCUCCUAAUAAAACGAACUAGCUGGAUUCUUGCUAUCAAAAACUAGCAAGAUCACAACAAGCCAUUGAAAUAAAUCACGAAUAAGGUAGUGAACAGGAACGACGUCGUCUUUUACCAGCUCAACGCCAGACCACAUUUCCCGCUACCUGACAAAAACUCAAAGAGUCUGGGUGGGAAAUUUGAUUGCGUCCGCCAUCUAGCCUGGAUCUUGCACAUCAGACUAUGACCUCUUCCGAUCUUUGCAGAAACAGAUGUCGAUUAGGUUCAAUGACGGAAUGUAAAAGUCGCUACGUGUAACACUAGCGGCCUAUUGAGGACACUGCUACCUGCAUGACGUCCAGCUAAUGACGCAAGAUUAUCUAAUCUUGCAAGUAAACACUAUACAAAUCUAGAAGACAACCUAAUGCGGGCACAUUUUCUUAUCAUGGACGAUUUCUAUUGUAGGUGGUUAUCUUUUGUUAUCAUGGUAAUGCAUGUGCACAGUAAUUAUGCUAGCCACAUGACAUGAAGCUCCAGGGAGCAAAUCAUUCUGCUGAAAUCGCGUAACAUUAUGGUCUCUCAAAGUCCGGCCCUCAAAGGCCACGCGUCAAAAAGGCCAACGUAAUACAAACGCAGUAUCUGCGACAGCUGGCUGCCACCACUCAGUUUGCUUUCUCAGCGCAUUCGAAAACGAUAUCGUAGAUUCCAAAAACUUAACGAAGACAAAAACGGAGCCGGCCAAAACAAGCGUUAUCUCUCGAAGCACCACCUACUGACCGAACAGUUCCGACGCUAUUUUUUCAGCCUAAGUUUCAACCAAAAGCCAAGCAGCUAUCCGUACCAUGUAUCCACUCCCGCCGAGCUAAACAUCUACACCAAAUACACACGCAGUGAAAUAACCACGUGAUAUUAUGUUUGGUGCCCAUGAACAUAUGUAAGCGCGUGUCAGUCUUUUUAUAUAAACGAUAUUGUCGAGAGAUCCACUAUGAAAAUAUUGUCCGCCUAUGUACUAGAUUGAUUCAAUCUACGGAACAGCAACGCCUCCUAGCGAAAAGCAAAGAACUUACUCUGAUUCGAUAAAUAUUUCACAGUAUCGUCGAUCAGGGCGUUUACACUCUAAAUUGUACAGAUCAUUGAAUGGCUAUAUGCUUUGGCACAACUCUGGCUGACUUUGCGUGCAUCGCACGUCUGCUGAGGAGACCGUGCAGAGCAGAAGGUUUACUUUCACGUUCGUUUAUUUGGUGUACAUUUACGGUGGAAAAACCUAGUGGCAGCUUUGAAUGAAUUGAACUGGCCUCUCUAUGAGCUAUCUGUUAGAAUGCUGUGGCCGCCUGGUGCCUCAGAUAAAAACGCUGUACUCUUUGCCAUUAUGCCGCUGUCUGCUGGCUAGGGCCUGACGUACGAUGCCUUCUCGAUUCUCCAAUAAUUUGUGCGUAUUAUAUUUCGUGUCUGAAAAGCUUUCUUGUCAAGAGCCGUGUUGAAUAUGUGAUCGUCAAUGCUUGCGGAAGCAGGUACGAAAAAUGUGACUUAACCCAGGCUUGCGCAGGAAUAGUUUGAAUGCCCCGAACUGCAGUUUGCUCCAUGACGUCCGUUUUGGUCGAUUGCCACAUUUCUGUUGCUGAUCCGCUGUUCAGAGUUCUUAGCCACAGGAUUGUUUCUUUACGAGGAGCAGAAAAUCGGAACAAAGCUGACUUCAAACAUUUAGAGACCAAUUUAAGAAGGACUUUGAAUUGAUCUAAAUCAAAUGACAUUCAUGGUAGCAUUCGUAUAACACUCGACUACCAUUGAUGACUAUCGUUCACAUAAUUAAUAAUAAAAUUAUCAUUGAAGGAAUAUUAUCGCUCGGUUUGGUUUGUUUGCGCUCCCUUUUUUCCAAGCCAACGAAUCGACACUUCAUGCUCACGACGCCAGAUCGUCCAACGUUGAACUCACCUAACUAUAGGCCGUACCGGUGCGUUGGCUCUGGGGUGCCUCAGAUUCGUGACUUGAAUAGCCAAAAAAAAUCACGCUCAGGAAAUCGAUGCAGGGCAGAAAAACAGCCUAUCUAGCAGCACCCGAAAAAAUGAAGCUCCAUUAAUUCAACAUGUAUCGUUCGUUGUGGGUCCGAAUAGUAUAGCAAGGUUAAGUUAUAUAUACAUAUAUAUAUAUAUUCCGAACAAUUUUCGCUCUAAAACGACGACGACGACGAUGAUUAAAUGUGACUAGAACAGGUUUGCCUAUCUAUCGCUCUGCUCGCGAGAGCGUUCGCAUGUCCCGGUGGGAUCUCGCUAUUUAUAACGAGAGACGCGUGGACCGAAUGUGAGUGCCGCCGCAUCUACUCGAGCCGAGAGAGACGGCAGAGGCCGGCUUUCGUCACCGUCCGCCAGGUUAUUGGAGACUGGACCCCCCAGUGUCGCCACAAUCGAGGCACCAGAGAUGCUCGCAUAGCGCACGGAGAAAGAGCUCGGUGACAGGGCUCACCCCUCUCCCGCUCGGUGAACCUCCUUCUGUUUCUUUAUGAACAAAUAGUAUUUAUUCUACGAACAGAGAGACAUCCCAACGUGCGUGCAGUACUUUAGCUGCUACAGCUUGAAGACUAGCGCAUAGCGAUCCUAGUUUUGUUCCAGCCAUAUCGUUUCGAUCAGCAGUAGCGGCCGUAGCCGAGACGCGGAAAGGCAGGCUGACAGCGGAAACCUGUCGGCCAAGUUGAUGCCCUAGAGAAUUGUGCAGAAUACAAUAACUUAAUUAAAUUGGUACAGUAAUAGACUUAUGUAAAAAUCGAGGAAGCCCAGCUCGACGGGACGGCAUAGCGAUGGAUCGUGUCUACGUGUUUUGCUUCCUUGUACUGCUGGCCUAUCAAAGUUUGUUGUGCUCCGCGGACGACGAACUAGCUGCUUCUUUAAUAUGCAAAGAAAGAACAGUGCCGAGACGUGAGACACUUCGCUACUUCAGGUUUGCAGAUGAGAGAGGUGUCACCUGUUACAACCCCGAAGAAAUCGUCGACUUAAAAGAGUGCAUCGGUUAUUGCAAAUCGAAUGGACGAUUUACCUUCGAUAACCAGCCGACUACUGAUUGUUGGUGUUGUGUGCCAACAGCUAAUACUACGAUCAAAGUAUUGUUCGAGUGCAGGAAUGGGCACACCGAGACCCGAGACGUGCUAAUUCCAACCAAAUGCGACUGCAUGUCGUGCAGCAACAAUAGUGGCUCGCCCGUAAUCCCCAUACCCACGUAAACGUAUUGAUCAUAACGGUUCAACCUGUAGAGAAAAUACAUACAUAGACGCAAAGUGUAUGCUCUGGCAAACGUAGUGACUCAGGAAAAUUUUCAACAAUGAAAAAGUUGAGUCAAACGACCAGAAUCGAGAAAUUGUCUAACUUCUAAAAGCAUUCCUUGGGGGUAAUGUCGGCGUUAAGCGAGGCUAUUUAUAAUUUGUGCUGCUUUAAUUAAAAAAAAAAUCAAUCUUAUCCUUUUUCCUUGGACAACUACAAAGUAUGAUAAAUAGUAGAGCACAAGGAAAACAUAUUGCUUGAUUCCCGUAAUAUAGGAUUCAUCGAAUCCAAUUACUUUCUUCUAAUGCUAAUUAAUCGAAGAACAUUAUGUCAGCGUAACCAAUGCUAAACGCGUGCUAUUUUGAUGUAUAUAUUUAUGUACCGUAUAUGUAUGAGCAGACUUCUACCUGCGGUGAACGCUACUCUUUUCUCGACAGAAGCCACAAUCGAUUUUUCCUAUUUUUAUCAUUUUGAGAUAGAAAAUUAUACAGGUACUGACAAGCUGCUCGCGAUGAUUACUGUAAAAAUACGCGCUGUAUCAUUUUCGACAUUGAUUAAACCCGCAUUAAAUAGAUGCGAAACAGAAAACAUACCGAAAUCAAGCAAAUCAGUAGCAAAGUACGUCUGCUGCGCGUACAUCAUUUCCAAAAUCAUCAUAGAGUAUACGUAUAUGGGUUUUAAUUCGUAGCAAUAAUGACUAAGGCGAUUCAUUA